AUGUCCAGGUCAUCCCACACCCAAGCUCUCCUUGGCCCAGAGCUCUACAAAAAGGUUCGCGAAACCAAGAUCCUCGUCGUCGGUGCUGGCGGUAUCGGCUGUGAACUCUUGAAGAACCUUGUGCUUGUCGGAUUCGCCAAUAUCGAGAUUAUUGAUCUCGACACCAUCGACCUUUCCAACCUCAAUCGUCAAUUCCUCUUCCGAAAGCCAGACAUCUCCAAGUCCAAGUCUCUCGUCGCUGCCGCUUCCGCCCGGCACUUUAACCCCAACUCUGGCAUCAAAAUCAAUGCCCGACAUGGCAAUGUUAAAGACAGUGAGAAUGAUCUGGAAUGGAUUGCCGGCUUUGGAUUGGUCAUGAACGCUCUGGAUAACAUGGACGCUCGUCGACAUGUGAACCGUCUGUGUCAAGCCGCCAAUGUGCCCUUGAUCGAGUCUGGUACUGCCGGCUACCUUGGACAAGUCACUCCUUUCAUCAAGGACACUACGGAGUGCUUUGACUGUGUCCCCAAGCCUACUCCCAAGGCUUUCCCUGUCUGUACUAUCCGAUCCACUCCCAGUGAACCCAUCCACUGCAUCGUCUGGGGAAAGACAUACCUCUUUGGGAAAUUAUUCGGCGAGGAUGAUGAAGAUAUGGACACAGAAGAGCUGGAUAAGGCCAAGGCUGGUGGCGAGAAUGCCGAAGAAAUUGAAAACCUCAAGAAGGAAGCAGCCGCCUUCAGACAGGUCCGCAAAAACCUCAGCGCUGAAGGUGGUCCCCUGUCAGUCUUCCACAAAGUCUUCAAAGAAGACAUCCAACGUCUUUUGGCUAUGGAGGACAUGUGGAAAAAGGAGGGCCGAGUCAAGCCUGUGCCUCUCGACUAUGACACCAUCAUGGACGGUUCUUUUACCGUUCCUCCAUUGCGCGUGGCUCCUGCCGCCCAACCUGCCAACGGCGAUAAGAGCAGCGGAAAGGCUAAGCCAGCUGCUUUGUUGAGAGAUCAGAAGGAGUUGAGCCUAAAGGAGAAUUUGGAGCUGUUCUUGGACAGCUGCAAGAGGCUUUCGGCGCGGGCUGUCGCUUUCCCUGACACUCCUCUGUCUUUCGACAAGGACGACGAUGACACUCUUGACUUUGUGCUGGCUACAGCCAACCUUCGAGCUACGGCUUAUGGUAUCCCCAACAAGACUCGGUUCGACGUCAAGGAAAUGGCCGGAAAUAUCAUCCCCGCCAUUGCCACCACCAAUGCCAUCAUUGCCGGUCUCAUCGUCAUGCAAUCCCUCAACCUCCUCAACCGCAUCCAUUCCUCUCCCAACGGCGCUUCAUCCUCCGCCCCCGACGUUCCUCUUCGAAACGUCUUCCUCCGAAGUGAGCCCUCCAAACCCCUCGGCGCCUUCAUUCCCCAACACGCCGACCCAUCUUGUUCCGUCUGCCGAGAUGUCUACGUCCCCUUCAAGGUGGAUCUUGCCAAGUGCACUCUGGGCAACUUUGUGGAGGAUGUCGUAAUGGGAUGGCUGAAUGGAACCGAAUUUGAGAAGAAGGAAGACGAUGAGGAGGUCGAAUGGACAGUGUUCGAGGCAGGGAGGUUGUUGGCGGACCCAGACUUUGAGGAUAACCAUGAGAGGACGUUGGAGGACCUUGAUGUGAAGCGAGGCAAGAUUCUGACGGUCCGAGAUGAGGAUGCCAAGUACAGGCCGAUACACUUUUGUGUCUGCGAGCCCGCUGCCAAUGCCACAACUCCCUUCACUCUACCCUGUGCCAAGCCCACUGUCCCUCUCGCAUACGUUCAGCCCGAGGCCGUACGCGACUCUUCGGAAGAGCCCGAGAUCAUCGAAAGUGUACCUCCUCAGACCGAGCCCAAGGAUCUGCCGAGCACCACUGCUGGUGUCAAGAGGCCGGCGCCGGACGAUGAUCAGGGUGAUGAGGCGAAGAAGAGGAAGAUCACUGUCGUGGACGAUGAUGACGACUUUGAAAUCCUUUGA